AUGUGCUCCUACCCGCAUGCCGGUCCACCUAUCGACCCCGAGGCCGACGCGGAUCUCUAUAGUGAUGAGGAUUACUCCAGCGCAAUGGACGGCGGUAUCAUGCAUAUCGACAAGGAGAAUAUGUCAUUUUACUUCUCUCACUUCUGGAAGGGUCACCAUAUAUGUAGUCUUGUGCUGGCGGGAGCAUUAUAUCGAUCUCCCAUAUCAGAAAACCCACGAAGAAUCCUAGAUAUAGGAACCGGAACAGGAUUGUGGGCAAUUGACAUGGCCGAGUACGAAGCUAAGCAUAUUGGAAGUACAUCACUGACAGUGGACAGCCAGUACCCGGAGGCACAGGUCAUCGGGACGGACCUGAGUCCGAUUCAACCUUCAUGGGUGCCACCGAAUUGUGCCUUUGAGAUCGACGACUUCGAACUUCCGUGGAACUUCGCCCAACCGUUUGAUUUCAUCCAUGCUCGAAGUGUCGAGGGAUCCGUCAAGGAUUUCCCGCAUCUCUUUCGCCAAGCACAUCAGCACCUCGUUCCCGGUGGCUGGUUUGAAAUGAUGGAACCCACCGUCGGCAUCUUUUCCGAUGACGAUAGUAUCUCGAACGCGCCGUAUCUAUCUGAAUGGCGGGAUAUGUUGAUCGAGGCGAGUAGAAAGUUUGGCAAAGAGAUGGGAGUGGCGAAAAAUUACAAGCAGUGGAUGACUGAGGCUGGCUUCACGGAUGUGACGGAGGAAAUAUUCAAGGUGCCUUUUUCGCCAUGGGCUAAAGACCCCAAGCUGAAGGAACUGGGACGCUACCAGCAAGCUAAUAUGCUUGAGGCUCUCGACGCGUACUCAUUGGCGCUGUUCACUCGAUUCUUGGGUUGGAGUGUUGAUCAGAUCCAGGUGCUUUUAGUAGGGGUUCGACGAGAAUUACUAGACCGGAGGCUACAUAUCUACUCUCGGUACUAUCUGGUUUACGGUCGGAAGGAGAAGGAAGACUCGUAG